GGUUCCUGUCCUGACGUGUUUCAAAACACUGCAGUGAAGGAGGAAGCCCUGAAAUCUGUCACAUUUGUGCACAUUUAACCCACAUGUGAGGAUGAGCGUCCCGGACUACCUGCAGUGUGCCGAGGACCACCAGACGGUGCUGGUGGUGGUCCAGCCGGUCGGCAUCGUGCCCGAGGACCAGUUCUUCAAGAUCUACAAGCGCAUCGCCGGCGUGAGCCAGGUGAGCAUCCGGGACUCCCAGCGCCUCCUCUACAUCCGCUACCGCCACCACUACCUGCCCGAGAACAACGAGUGGGGCGACUUCCAGACGCACCGCAAGGUGGUGGGCCUCAUCGCCAUCACCACCUGCGGCUCGGACAAGGAGUGGCCGCAGACGGCCGAGCGCUUCCACGGCCAGAAGGAGGUGUACGGCUCCACGCUGUACGACUCGCGGCUGCUGGUGUUCGGCCUGACGGGCGACAUCGCCGAGCAGCAGCGCACCGACGUGGCCUUCUACCCCGGCUUCGAGGACUGCCCCGACGUGGAGAAGAGGGUGGAGGACUUCGUGGAGUCCAUCUUCAUCGUGCUGGAGUCCAAGCGGCUGGACCGGGCCACCGACAAGUCCGGGGACAAGAUCCCACUGCUGUGCGUGCCGUUUGAGAAGAAGGACUUUGUGGGUUUGGACACGGACAGCAGUCCUGUGAGUUUAUUGUUGGGUGUGAAAAGGCACUAUAAGAAACGCUGCCAGGGCCGUAUGAGGAAGCAUGUCGGGGACCUGUGUCUCCAGGCGGGCAUGCUGCAGGACGCCCUGGUCCACUACCACAUGGCCGUGGAGCUGCUCCGGGGGGUGAACGACUUCCUGUGGCUGGGCGCUGCGUUAGAAGGCCUGUGCUCGGCCUCGGUCAUCUUCCACUACCCCGGGGGCACGGCGGGCAAGACGGCGGGACGCAAGCCCAGCGUCUCCCAGCCUGCCGACGCAGGGAAACGCCACAGACCAGGAGCUCAGGAGGUUCUCAUUGACCCAGGAGCGCUCACCGCCAACGGCAUCAGCGCCGACACCAGCGCCGAGAUCGGGCGGGCCAAGAACUGCCUGAGUCCCGAGGACAUCAUCGACAAGUACAAAGAGGCCAUCUCCUACUACGGCAAGUACAAGAACGCCGGCGUGAUCGAGCUGGAGGCCUGCGUCAAGGCGGUGCGGGUCCUGGCCAUCCAGAAGAGGGCCCGGGAGGCCUCGGACUUCCUGCAGAACGCCGUCUACAUCAACCUGGGCCAGCUGUCGGAGGAGGAGAAGAUCCAGCGCUACAGCAUCCUGUCCGAGCUGUACGAGCUCAUCGGCUUCCACCGCAAGUCGGCGUUCUUCAAGCGCGUGGCGGCCAUGCAGUGCGUGGCCCCCACCAUCCCGGAGCCCGGCUGGAGGGCCUGCUACAAGCUGCUGCUGGAGACGCUGCCGGGCUACAGCCUGUCGCUCGACCCCAAGGACUUCAGCAAAGGUACUCACAGAGGCUGGGCGGCCGUACAGAUGCGCCUCCUGCACGAGCUGGUGUACGCCUCCCGUCGCAUGGGCAACCCGGGCCUGUCGGUGCGCCACCUGUCCUUCCUGCUGCAGACCAUGCUGGACUUCCUGUCUGAUCAAGAGAAGAAAGAGGUGACCCAGAGCCUGGAGAACUACACCGCCAAGUGUCCGGGAGGAAUGGAGGUCAUCACCCUUCCCGACGGGCUGAAGCUGCCCCCCGUGCCUUUCACCAAGCUCCCCAUCGUCCGAUCGGUGAAGCUCCUCAACCUGCCCGUCAGCCUGCGGCCCCACAAGGUGAAAGGCCUCCUGGGACAGAACAUGUCCACGGCCAGUCCCUUCAUCUACUCUCCAAUCAUCAUGCACAACAGAGGCGAAGAGCGCUGCAAGAAAAUAGACUUCCAGUGGGUCCAAGGAGACGUUUGCGAAGUGCAGCUGAUGGUCUACAACCCCAUGCCUUAUGAACUCCGCGUGGAGAACAUGGGUUUGCUGACGUCGGGUGUGGAGUUCGAGUCCCUGCCUGCCGCUCUGUCGUUGCCCGCCGAGUCUGGACUGUACCCCGUCACCCUGGUCGGCGUCCCGCGGACGGCGGGCAACAUCACCGUGAACGGCUACCACACGUCGGUGUUCGGCGUGACCAGCGACUGCCUGCUGGAGAGCCUGCCCAGCGUGAAGAGCAGCGGCUGCCUGGUGGAGGUCAUCCCGUCUCUGCCUCGCCUGCAGCUCAGCACAUCACUGCCCAGGUCGGCUCACACGCCUCAGCCCAUGUCCAAAGAAGAACUGUCCAGCACCGUGUCCGUCCAGCUCUUCAACGGAGAGACGCAGCAGGUGACCAUCACUCUGGAGAACAUCGGCUCCGUCGAAAUCGAGACCCUGGAACUCACCUCCAAGGUCGUCAGCACUAAAGAGAAAGUGUUUGGCGAGUUCCUGAGCUGGGAGCUGGAGGACGCCCUGUCUCACCUGCCUCUGAAGCCCGGCCAGGCCGUGACGCUGACCGUCAGCAUCAAAGUCAAGCUGGACUUCUCCGGCCAAGAAAACCUGCUGCAGGACCUCAACGACGAUGGGAUCAGCGUGACGGGGCUGCCGAUCUCCAGUCCGCUGCGCCAAGUCCUCAAACCCAGGUCGGAGAGCAAGCCCAUGAGCAGCGAGUCCGGCAAGGCGGAGUACAGUCACAUCAAGACUUUGGAAGCGGUGCUGAACUUCAAAUACUCCGGCGGAGCUGGGAAAGUGGAGGGCUACUACCGGGAGCUGUCUCUGGGCGUGCACGUCGACGUGGAGCCGUCGGUGUUCUUCACCAGAGUCAGCACGCUCCCCGCUACCAGCACCCGCCAGUGUCACCUGCUGCUCGACAUCUUCAACCCGACCGAGCACGAGCUCACCGUCAGCGCCAAGAACAACCAGGACCUGGUGCUCCAUGCCAGCGAGUGCCAGAGGAUGGCCAUCCAGGUCGACAAGUUUGACUUUGAGAGUCUCCCGCAGCCGGACCAGGAAGCCGUCCGCUUCAGUAAUCCCAAACAGCUGGAGGAGGAGCGGCAGCACGCCCAGGGCUGCCAGAUCAACAGCAAGCUGGGCAUCUGCUGGAGCAUCCCGUCCCUGCAGCGGCGAGGAGAGGCCAGCGUGGAGGGCGUCCUCAACCAGCUGGUCCUGGAGCACCUGCAGCUGGCGCCUCUGCAGUGGGACGUGCUGGUGAACGGGAAGCCGUGCGACUGCGACGUGGUCGCCGACUGCAGCGUGGGCGACGCCGUGACGCUGGAGGUGAAGCUGACCAACCUGAGCAAGAACCCGGUGGGGCCGCUGGCGCUGACCGUGGUGCCCUACCAGGACUUCCAGAACGGCGUCCAGAACUACGAGCUGGAGGAGGCGGUCACCUUCAUCGGCUCCAACACCUUCUACAUCGACACGGUGAAACCCAGAGAGAGCUCGGUGUGCGAGGGCGCCCUGCUCUUCCUCUACACCGGAGACUUCUACCUGAACAUCAAGUUCCAGGACGACAGCGCCGGACGGGAGCUGCCGCUGGCCUGGUUCACCCUGCCCAGCGUCCACGUCAGAGCCCUGGACCCCCCGCUGCAGGCCGGGGCCUAGACCCGGGGGGGUUUUUAUCGUUUGUGUGUGUAAAUACAACAGACUGCAUUUGAAAUACGUGUAAAUAUAUUCAGCCAAAUACACUGGACGUUUGAGGCAAAAUGAAGGAGAUAACAAAGUGCUAAAGAGCUAAAAUCCACUCAAGCUAGUAGAAUCAGCAUUUUUGUUUGUGCCAAACACGAGACACAAAAUCUGCUAACGCUGGUAGAACUUAAAGAUUUUGUUAUUUUUUUGAUUCUGAGGUUGGUAUGAACAUGUUUAAGAGUCAACCAGUUUAUCUUUGAAACUGCUAGUUUGAUAGAAAGCUGCUGUUCCCAGUUGGCUAAUCCAGCCCAAGCGUUGAAGUUACCCCUGAAGGAAGCUGAGAUUAGCUUUGUCUUUGCACAGUUUUCAUGCAUUUUGUCAUGUUCAGUUGGGUAUUUUUUUUUUUUUUGUGAUAAAGUGCCAUAUAUAAAAUGCAUUUUUCUUUCAGUCCGUUGAGACUUUCCACUCGCCUCCGCAGCAGCUCACUGCAUCAUUGAGGAAUUCUGCGUGUGACACACCGUUUCUGUAAAUAAACAU